UUUUGCGAUUUCUUAUUUUUGCGAUAUUUUUAUUUAUGUAAAUUUAAUUAGUGAUAAAGCUUCACAGUGCAAUUAAAUAUGAAUAAUGCAGAUUUUAUAAUAAUAGAACCUUUUUAUGGAGGCUCACAUAAAGUUUUGAUUGAUAGUAUUACCCAUAGUUUUCAGAAUGAAAACAUCAACUAUUCACUGGUGACUCUGCCUUCCAAAAAGUGGCAUUGGCGAGCUAGGUGUGGGGCGUUACAGCUUUAUGAAAAAAUACCGAAAAUCACUAACCAGAAAACAUUAUUUGCUAGUUCAGUUUUAAAUAUAUCUGAAUUAAUAGGUAUGAGGCCUGAUUUAAGUCCACUUAAGAAAAUCAUAUAUUUUCAUGAAAAUCAGUUAAUUUAUCCUGUUCAAGAAAUUAAAUCAAGGGAUGUACAGUAUGCAUAUAAUCAAAUAACAUCUUGUUUAGCAGCAGAUAUAGUACUCUUCAAUUCUGAAUUCAAUAUGAGUUCGUUCCUUAACAACAUACACAGAAUAUUAAAGUGUCUUCCUGAUCAUAGGCCAAAAUCGAUUAAAGACAAAAUAGCAUUAAAAAGUACAGUAUUGUAUUUUCCAAUUUCAUUUCCUAUGCAAUCAAUUAAAGAGAAAUCAAUGUCUGUGCUUCAUAUAGUAUGGCCGCAUCGAUGGGAAUUUGAUAAAGGCCCAAAUGACUUUUUCGAAGUUCUAUUCAGAUUAAAACUUGAAAAUAUUCCAUUUCAAGUAUCUGUUCUUGGGGAAGUGUAUUCUGAAGUACCUAAAAUUUUUGAGAAAGCAAAGCAGGAGUUAUCAGACAAUAUUGUACAAUUUGGGUAUGUACAUAGUAAAGAAAGUUAUUAUGAUGUUCUGUCAUCAGCACAUGUUGCAGUUUCAACGGCAAAACAUGAAUUUUUUGGAGUAUCUAUGCUGGAGGCUACUUAUUGCGGUUGUUUUCCGUUAGUACCAAACUCGUUAGUAUAUCCGGAGAUAUAUCCCCAACAGUGCCUAUAUAAAAACAAUGAGGACUUAUACAAACAGCUACAGAAAUUUUGCCUGAAUCCAAGUCUUUCUGUUAAAUUAAGACAGGAUUGUGACAUAGACGUCGAAAAGUAUUCUAAUUCACGAUUAAUUCCCACAUAUUUAGAAAUAAUCAAAGGUUCUUGACAGCUUUUAUGAUAAAAUCGGUCAUUAAUAUUACAAAGUACUAAAACUGUAGAUAAUUGAAAUUAUGUUAUUAAAUAUACAGAUUUCCUGA